UACGUUUGCGUAGAACAACAUCGUGCUCCUCUCCAUCAUCCCAGACAGCCACCGCAUCUGCAGUCGGCGUUUUUGGUCGACGACUGUCAAAAUCGCAAAUAAUUAUUUUCACAUUUCUCCUAAACCAGCGGUACGGCGCAGUCCAGAAAAUAUUUUUGUAUACGAUAUAAUAAUAUUUUUAUUACUGUCCAUUCGUCCAUCUGUCUGUCACAUUCACGUCGUCGCGCAUUUACUGUUUCUUGGCUAUAGACGUAUAGCUUCAUACGGCAAGCACGCCGAACAUUUUAAAAUAGGAUUGACGCCGUUCCGGUUGACAUGCUGGGCCCGACACUCAAGAGAUUUUCGGCGUCUCCGUUAUCUGUAUUAUUGUCUGUCACAUUGCUGUUACAAGUUACAGUGACUGUAGUUUCUGGUAAAGGACAGGAUGCUACACCGGAUCAAUGUAAAUGUUUACCAUACUAUUUGUGCGAAAACGGAACGAUUGUUACAAGUGGUAACGGAUUAAUAGACGUAAGGUCUGGAGGUUUAAAGUGCGAUGGCAAGGAUGUAAAGUGUUGCUAUAAAUCAAUGAAAUCAAAAGCGUCUAAUGAUAUGGAUUUGACAACGCAAGAAAUCGAUGAGACAAUUUUGGUAGAGAUGUCUACACUUAUACCUCAAACAAUGCCAUCGAAUACUUGUAAAUGUGUACCAUACUAUUUGUGCGGAAACGGAAUGAUUGUUACAAGUGGUAAAGGAUUAAUAGACGAAAGGUUUGGAAGAGAUUUAAAGUGCUCUAAUAUCUUGGAUGUGUGCUGCAAUGAAUCGAUGAUAUUAGAAAAGCCUCAAGAAAAGGAUAAGAUUAUUGAUAAGAUGAUUUGGGAAAUGUAUUCUACACCUAAACCUCCAACACUGUCAUCGGAUACAUGUAAAUGUGUACCAUACUAUUCGUGCGGAAACGGAACGAUUUUUACAAGUGGUAAAGGUAACAAAAGGUUUGGAGGAGAUGUAAUGUGCUCUGAUAUCUUGGACGUGUGCUGCAAUGAAUCAAUGAAAUCAAAAGCGACUUCAAAAAAUGAUGUGAAAAGGAAUAAUCUCGAUAAGAAAAUUUGGUCAUUGUUUCUUUCACCUCCACAUCCACCACCACCAUCAGAUCGGUGUACAUGUGUACCACACAAUUUAUGCAGAAACAAGACAGUUAAUGUAGCUCGCCAACCAAUAAUUAUAGACAUUAGGAUUAACAAAGAUCGGUGUCCCAACUCCGUUGAUGUGUGUUGCUACGAUCCAAUAAAAUCAACAAAACCUACAGAAAUACCUGACCCUGAACAUCGUACGAUAUGUGGCCAUUGGAACCCUCUUGGCGUAAAAUUCACAAUAACUGGAGAAUCCCACAACGAAGCACAAUUUGGCGAGUUUCCCUGGAUGAUGGCAAUUCUUAAAUUAGAAGCUAACCAAUCUAAAACUUACAUCUGCGGUGGUUCAUUGAUUCACCCAAGAGUCGUGUUGACUGCAUUCCAUUGCGUGAAAGGCAAAAACCCGAAUGAUCUGGUAAUUCGCGCUGGUGAAUGGGAUACACAAACGGAAAACGAACCGUUACCAUCACAAGACGGCCAAGCUCUGAAAAUAAUUAAUCAUGCAGAUUUCGAGCCUGACGAAUUAUUGAACGACGUGGCGCUGAUCAUUGUCAUCAAACCGUUCUCACUCAGUAAAAAUGUGGGAACUAUCUGUUUGCCCAGUCCGAAUUACAUAUUUUCUAAUAGAUGCUACGCCAGUGGUUGGGGCAAAAAAGAAUUCGGUAAAUUAGGCGUAAAUCAAGUAAUUAUGAAAAAAAUAGAUUUGCCGAUCGUUCCACGGACUACGUGCUUGGAACUGUUAAGAAAGACCAGGUUGGGUGUGGAUUACAUAUUGCCGGAGGAUUUCAUCUGUGCCGGUGGGGAAAUAGGCAAAGAUACUUGUCAAGGAGACGGUGGAAGUCCUCUGAUGUGUCCAAUUGAGAAUAGACCUAAACAGUUCCAACAGGCCGGAAUCGUGGCGUGGGGAAUCGGAUGCGGUACCGAGACACCCGGCGUGUACGUGGAUGUGGCAUUGUUCAGAAACUGGAUCGAUGAGCAGAUGGCUAAGGAAAAGUUGAGCACGAUCUACUAUGAUCCUGAUUAUGUUCCAACGAAUUAAAUUGUCUCUACAUCUCUUUCCUUCAUAUAGACAUACACAUACCCUCCCGGUUCCUUCCUGACUCCCGGCUUAACCUACAUAUGAAGUUAUAAAUACUCAGUUAAUUUUUGAUUUUACAUGACACUAUUUGACGUUUAUUGGAGAAACUAUGGAAUAAAUAAUUAAAAUUAACAGAAUGAAUAAAUAUGUUUUGUAUUGUAUUGUAAUGCGCCUGGCUUGAAAGUUCUCUGUCCAUGAGUUGAAUAAUUGCAUUUUGUUAAAAUGUUAUAUUUUUUUUAUUUAAAUACAAUUAUGAUUGUUAUAACGAAAUAUAUUUGUAGAAAAACUAUUCAAAUGAAAAUAAUUAUAUUAAUUUUCUUCUUUUAA